CAGAUUUUUCCCAGGCGCCGCGGGGGAUAUUUCCUGGCCGAUGGCCUUAUCUCCUGGAGGCCGCACCCUUCUUCUUCACAGCGACCAAGCUGCAUCUCCGGCGCUCCUCCAGCUCGGUGCCCAGUCGCUCUGCUCGCCGCGUUCUCUCUGCCCGGCCGUCGUCAAGCUCCCUGCGCGCGCCCCAUCUCGCCGCGCUCAGCUCCAGCUCGCCAGCCGCGGCAUCUCCUAGCUCCCUGUGCGAGGGCCUGCUUCCUGGCCGCGUCCUCUGCUCCGUCGUCCCCAGCGCCGGCCGAGUCCCUCCAUCGCGGCGCCCCUGCUCGGUUUUCUCCAUGGCGCCGGAUCCCCUGCAAGCUCGCUCAAGUCGCCGCGCUCGGUGCUUCCUGCGCACGCUGGUCCUAGCUCGGCCGACCGCGCAGGCUUCCUACUCCCUGUCCGCCGCGCCCCUCAGCUGCCUGCUCUGCUCGCCGCGCACGCUCCUCUCUGGUGCCGCAUCUCCGGCCCAGCUCGGACUCCAGCUCCCACGCGCGUCGCCGGUCUUCCCUGCGCCUGGCCUUCAGCUCGCCCAAGGCGGCUUCCUCUGCCGGCCGUGCGUUCGCCCAGACCUGCGCCGUCCCUGUUCCUCGCCUCUGCACCCAGCCGCGCCCUGCGCACUUCUCUGUUUGGCCAUGUCGCUCCUCCCUGCUAGUCGCAAGCUGUCGAGCUCCUAUCUCCUGUGCGCGCCUCUGUUCCUGGCCGUGCUCGGAUCCAGCCCAGCUCGCCCUUGUGCUGGCCGUGUGCUCCUCGUCCAGCUCGGUCGCGACUCCUUGCCGUCGUUCCGUGCACCGGCCAUCGCAACAUCCCCAGUCUAUCGCCCCAUGCUUCGGUCGUCGUCUACAUCGUCGCCUGGCCGGUAGUGGUCGCCACUAGCUCGCUUUCGUCCAAAUCGCCACCGCGAAUGCUUGAGUCUCUGGUCGUGUGUCUUCUAUCUCGCACUAAUCUCGUCCGCUGCCUCGUCAACGCCGUGGUCGUCCUCCCUCGCGGCGUUGUUGUUUACCCCGCUAAUGUAGUUGUGUCUCAUGUGCUGCUCGUCUGAAAUGCCCAAGCCAAGUGAACAUUCGGCGCGACUCAAGUUCGAUUCGUCAAAAUUAUUCAGUCGAGGAGAAGAUCUUCAGCAAUUGAUUACUGAAGAAAAGAAGGCCCCUGGGUGACGUCUACCUAGAACUCGACGAAAAGUCUGAAGUAGAAUUUAUCGCCGUGGGAAGUGGAGUGACUUAAUAUUGGUAAGCGAACGCGUUACUUCGAAUAGUUGGUAUAAUAAUUUAAUUGGCUAGAUUUAUUAAUUGUGAUGGUCUUCGUGUUUAGCACAGGCACGUUGUGAUUAGGGGUGAAAACGGUCGGAAACGAUCGGAAAACACUAAAAUCGUUACCGUUUCCAU